GCUUGCAUCGGCAGCGUUGCAGAAAAAGAUGCAGCAAUAGCACAGGGCACGCAUGCGCCUGAUGCGCCUCGGCCGCCUGCUCUCGUUCAUGUCGUCGCGUGCGAGGGUGCUCCCACCAGCCUCGCUCACGGCCGCGAUCGAGUCGCUGCCGGCGGCGCCGGAGAGCGUGGCGGCGCUGGCAAGGGUGCGGGCCGCGCUCGACGACGACGACGGCAUCGACGCGGACGAGCAGCUGGCCGCCGCGGCCGCGGCGGCCGCGACGGCGCUGGAGCGGGCGGCGCACCGCCACGGCAAGCGCGGCUGGACGACGCUGCGCGACGCCGCGCGGCCGGCGGCCGCCUCACCUGCGGCGGCCUGCGGGCUGGGGGCCGCGCUCGCGCUGUGGCGCGACCGGCGGCAGAACACGACGGCGCCGCACGGCGAUGCCGCGCCCUCGCGGGCGGCGGCGGCGGCGCUGUUCGCGAGCGUCGACGCGCCGCUCGCCGGCGCGGGGCCCGUCGUCGACGCGCUGCUGCCGCACAAGCCGGACCUGAAGAUCGUCGCCGGCUUCGCGCGGAGCGCGCGGUGCGACGUGGAACCCGCCAGGGCGGCGGCGGCCGUGCGGCGCGAGGUGCUGAGCACAGACCCGCCGCCGCCGCGCGACGCGAUCGGGGGCGCGCUGGCGCUCGCCGCGGAGGUCGGCGCCUGGGACGCCGCGUGCCCGCCGGCCGCGCUCGUGACCGUCGCGGCGGAGGCCGGGCUCUGGGCCGCGGCCGAGGGCCUCGUCAAGGCGGCGCGCGACCGCGGCGACGCCGGCGCCGCGCCGGCGGCGGAGACGCUCGUCGACGCCUGCCUCGAGCGCGGCCUGCACCGCCAGGCCGACACGCACGCGUCGCAGUUCUCCGACCUCUGCGGCGCGGGGCGCCUCGUCGAGGCGCGCCUGCGCCACGGCGAGGACACUAUCCGCAAGGUCGUGAAAAAACAACAAUUCCAGCUCGUGGAAAAGGUCGUGGCGGGCGUCGACCGGGCCGCGCGGCAGAAUAAAGACGUGGAGGCGCGGCGGCGCGUCCGCGCCGUCGCGCUCGAGGUGCUCGCGGAAGCGUCGGAGCGGGCGCUCGCGCGGGACCUGCGCAACACGUGGGCGGCGCGGGACGGCGUCGAGGUGGACCUGGGCUUCGCCGACACGGGCGACCUGGCGGUGCUGGACGCGGCGGCGCGGCGGGCCAAGUACGUGCAGUGGGACGAGGUCCUGCCGGCGGUGCCGGAACUUAUUGACGACGCGACGCGCCUCGACGCCGCGGUCGACGAGUUGGGCGCCGGGCCGCGGGCCUUCGACGUGGAGUGGUCCGACAGGGCGGGCGCCGCGCUUUUGCAGCUCGCGACGAAGGAGGGCGCCGUCAUCCUCGACGUGCCGCGGCUCUGCGCGUCGCGCGAGGGCUGCGCGGCGCUGCGGCGCGCGUUCCGGGGCGCGCCGCUGCUGGGCUUCGGCUGCUCGCAGGACCUCGCGCGGCUCCGCGCGACGCCGGCGGCCGCGCCGUGGGUCGACGCCGACCAGGAGGUCUACGACCUGCAGACGGCCCUGACGCAGAAGCGGGGCGGGCCCGGCCUCGCGGCCGCGGCGAAGGCGUACCUGGGCAAGGCCCUCGACAAGUCGCAGCAGUGCUCCGACUGGGACGCGCGGCCCCUCUCCGAGGCGCAGCGCGCAUACGCGGCGCUGGACGCCGUCGCCGUCUUGCUGAUCCACGAGAAGCUCCGGAGCGUCGACGACGCCAUCGAGAAGCUCCGGCGGAUCCCGCCGAGGUAG